CCGGCUUCCACGCCUCGCUUCCGGUCUCCGUGCCUCGCUUCCGGCCUCCGCCUUCCGCUUCCGGCCUCCGUGCCGCGCUUCCGGCCGCUCCCUCCUUCCUUCCGCUUCUCGAUGGUGCGCGGGCUGCAGUUCCCCCGGCCAGCCGCCUGAAGCUCUGCGAUAGAGUCCCUUCGUGAAGCGAGGAACGUCGGGGUUCACAGAUGGUCAGCGAGGGGCGUCAGACGCUCCUGGGAGCAGUCGGCCGUUUCUAACAGGAAUCGGAAAGAGUCGCUUGCUCCUCGGUGCCGCCGUCAUCGAAGAUCACGCUGUGCCCCCACCCCCACCCCCGCCCAGGACCCGCUCCCCAUCGCCUGCAUCGCCUUCCCGGCCCGCAGCCACAGCCACCCCUGAGGUCUCUGCUGUUUCUUCCUGACCUCACCAAACAGCCAUGUCCUCAGAGUCGAGCAAGAAGCGGAAGCCCAAAGUGAUCCGAAGUGAUGGCGCUCCAGCGGAGGGGAAGCGGAAUCGUUCUGACCCCGAGCAGGAAGGCAAAUACUACAGUGAGGAGGCUGAGGUGGACCUGCGGGACCCUGGAAGAGAUUAUGAGCUGUACAAGUACACGUGCCAGGAGCUGCAGCGACUCAUGGCUGAGAUCCAGGACCUGAAGAGCAGGGGAGGCAAGGAUGCGGCAGUUGAGAUUGAAGAUCGCAGGAUCCUGAGCUGUGUUCAUUUCAUGACUCUAAAGAAGCUUAACCGAUUAGCCCACAUCAGGUUGAAGAAAGGACGAGAUCAGACCCAUGAGGCCAAGCAGAAAGUAGACGCCUAUCACCUGCAGCUCCAGAACCUGUUGUAUGAGGUGAUGCACCUGCAGAAGGAGAUCACUAAAUGUCUGGAGUUCAAGUCAAAGCAUGAAGAAAUUGAUCUGGUCAGUGUAGAGGAGUUUUAUCAGGAGGCUCCUCCAGAUAUCAGCAAGGCUGAGAUCACCAUGGGAGACCCUCACCAGCAAACCCUUGCACGUCUGGACUGGGAGCUGGAGCAGCGGAAAAGGCUGGCGGAGCAGUACCGCGAGUCCCUCUCCAACAAGGAGAAGAUCCUUAAGGAGAUCGAAGUGAAGAAGGAAUACCUGAGCAGCCUCCAGCCUCGCCUGAACAGCAUCAUGCAGGCUUCCCUCCCGGUGCAAGAAUACCUGUUCAUGCCUUUUGACCAGGCUCACAAACAGUAUGAGACGGCCAGACACCUGCCACCUCCCCUCUAUGUCCUCUUUGUCCAGGCCACUGCGUAUGGGCAGGCCUGUGCUCAUAUGAAAUCCUCCCAGCCCCCUAGACAGGAUAAAACACUGUCUGUGGCGAUCGAAGGCAGUGUGGACGAAGCCAAGGCCCUGUUUAAACCUCACGAGGAAUCCCAAGAUGACGAGAGCGACUCGGAUGCCGAGGAGGAGCAGACCACGAAACGCCGGCGACCCACACUGGGAGUUCAGUUGGAUGACAAACGCAAGGAGAUGCUGAAGAGGCACCCGCUGUCCGUCAUGCUGGACCUGAAGUGCAAAGAUGACAGUGUGCUUCACCUGACGUUCUACUAUCUCAUGAACCUCAACAUCAUGACAGUAAAAGCCAGAGUGACAACUGCCACGGAGCUGAUCACCCCCAUCAGUGCAGGUGACUUGCUGUCUCCUGACUCAGUCCUGAGCUGUUUGUAUCCUGGGGAUCAUGGAAAGAAAACGCCGAAUCCAGCCAAUCAGUACCAGUUUGAUAAAGUGGGCAUCCUGACUUUGAGAGACUACGUGCUUGAUUUAGGACACCCCUACUUGUGGGUACAGAAGCUGGGUGGCCUCCACUUCCCUAAAGAGCAGCCCCAGCCCACAGUGAUCGCUGACCACUCGCUGAGCUCUAGCCACAUGGAGACCACCAUGAAACUGCUAAAGACCAGAGUGCAGUCCCGCCUGGCCCUCCACAAACAGUUCGCGUCCCUGGAACAUGGCAUUGUACCAGUUACUAGCGAUUGCCACUACCUCUUCCCUGCAAAGGUUGUCUCUCGCCUGGUGAAGUGGGUGACGAUUGCCCAUGAGGAUUAUGUGGAGCUGCAUUUCACCAAGGACAUUGUGGAGGCAGGACUGGCUGGGGACACCAAUCUCUACUACAUGGCACUCGUGGAAAGGGGCACAGCCAAACUCCAGGCAGCUGUGGUGCUGAACCCCGGCUACUCCUCCAUCCCACCCAUUUUCCAGCUCUGUCUGAACUGGAAAGGGGAGAAAACCAACAGCAAUGAUGACAAUAUUCGGGCCAUGGAGAGCGAGGUCAACGUGUGCUACAAGGAGCUGUGUGGGCCCCGGCCCGGCCAUCAGCUCUUGACCAACCAGCUGCAGCGCCUGUGCGUCCUGCUGGACGUCUACCUGGAAACUGAGAUCCACGAUGACAGCGUGGAGGGGCCCAAGGAGUUUCCCCAGGAGAAGAUGUGUCUGCGGCUUUUCAGAUCAGCCUCUUAUCUAUACCACCUCCACCAGGCCUGCUGUGCUCUUCCUAAGGCGUUCACACGUCUUUGAGAAUCACAGCUUUAGGCCGUCGGCUUCCCAUCAGGAGCCAGCCUGAAGAAAGACAAACACAAGUACAGAUCUCUGCUCUGCUGCUCACCUUGGAAGAAUCACUUCAGCUCAGCCCUGAGUCUAUUUCCUAAAGGCUGAAGGAAAUAUAACCUUCAGGCUCAUGAUAAAUUAGCUCUAAUUUACGUGAAAUUUCCAGCAUGGUUCCCAGCAUAGACCGGGGCUCACAAAAUGCCAACAGGUCCUGACAGCUCGGUAUUUAGCAUGUCUGCUUUCCUAGCACUUCUAAGUACUUUUCCUGUCGCUUUGGGGUCCUCUCUCGCUUUCGUCCCCUCACUCAUAUUCUUAGAGUGCAUUCCAGAACUCCUGAGUUCAUAUUGCUCAGGCAACCCUUCUGUUCAGGGCAAGGGCUUGGAGAGGAAUGGUGUCUGGGAACGGGAAGGGCUAGAAUCUGUUUCUAAUCAGGACAUCCCCCUGUUCCCUAUCAGUCUAGGGCAGCCGUGGGCAAACUACGGCCCACGGGCUAGAUCCCGCUGGUUUGAAAUGAACUAAAAAAAAAAAA